GGAGAAGGGGAGGGGACAAGCCGGAUCCUUCGGGCCACCCCGGCCUUCUGUCUCACCCGUGCGGAGACGCCGCUCGGAGCCCCGAGGUUUGAGCCGAGCCCAAGGCGUGGGGGGAGGGAGGGGAACGACCAGGACCCUGCAGUGAUCCGGAGCUGCCGAAUUUUCCUCGGCUUCGAGGAGAGGGAGACCCACCCAAACAAGGUGAACUUUGGUCGCAGAAAACUCAAGCCAGGUGCCGGAAUUCGUGCUGCGGCGGUCGGGACCCAGCGCAGGCUUGCGUGCCGGGCGGUGGAGCGGGAGCCCAGCGGCCUCCCUCCGCCCGCGCCCGGGGCGGCCUCGGCCGGGAGUCCCCCGAACCCUGCGGCUCCGUGGCCCGGGGGAAACACCGCGCCGCCCUCGCCUUCUUUCUUCCCCCUCCCCCUUCGGGGGUGGGGGUGGGGCGAGGGAGAGGGGCGCCCGGAGAGCCGCAUCAGUUGGCAGCUUUGUUAUUGAUCAGAUAGUGCACGCCGCCAACUCGCUUCCAAUCUGGCUUCGUGCAACCCUUGAGUUUUCGCCUCUGUCCAGUCCCCUAAACUGACAGGUGCUCCCAGCAACUCUCCGGUGACUUCUCGCCGCUCUCCCGUCUCCCCCGCGUCCCCACCCCCUCUUUCCUCCCUCGCCUUCACCCCCACCCCCACCACUUCGGCACAGCUCAGGAUUUGUUUAAACCUUGGGAAACUGGUUCAGGUCCAGGUUUUGCUUUGAUCCUUUUCAAAAACUGGAGACACAGAAGAGGGCUCUAGGAAAAAGUUUUGGAUGGGAUUAUGUGGAAACUACCCUGCGAUUCUCUGCUGCCAGAGCAGGCUCGGCGCUUCCACCCCAGUGCAGCCUUCCCCUGGAGGUGGUGAAAGAGACUCGGGAGUCGCUGCUUCGAAAGUGCCCGCCGUAAGUGAGCUCUCGCCCCAGUCAGCCAAAUGCUCCUCUUCGGGCUUCUCCUGCUGACAUCUGCCCUGGCCGGCCAGAGACACCGGACUCAUGCGGAGUCCAACCUGAGUAGUAAAUUCCAGCUCUCCAGCAACAAGGAGCAGAACGGAGUACAAGACCCCCAGCAUGAGAGAAAUACUGUGUCUACUAAUGGCAGUAUUCACAGCCCGAGGUUCCCUCAUACUUAUCCAAGAAAUAUGGUGUUGGUCUGGAAAUUAGUAGCAGUAGAGGAGAAUGUAUGGAUACAGCUUACAUUUGAUGAAAGAUUUGGGCUUGAAGACCCAGAAGAUGACAUAUGCAAGUAUGAUUUUGUGGAAGUUGAGGAACCCAGUGAUGGAACUAUCCUAGGGCGCUGGUGUGGUUCUGGUGCUGUGCCAGGAAAACAGAUUUCUAAAGGAAAUCAAAUCAGGAUAAGAUUUGUAUCUGAUGAGUAUUUUCCUUCUGAACCUGGUUUCUGCAUCCACUACAAUAUUGUCAUGCCACAAUUCACGGAAGCUGUGAGUCCUUCGGUGUUACCCCCUUCAGCUUUGCCACUGGACCUGCUUAAUAACGCUGUUACCGCCUUCAGUACCUUGGAAGACCUUUUUCGGUAUCUUGAACCAGAUAGAUGGCAGUUGGACUUAGAAGAUCUAUACAGGCCAACAUGGCAACUUCUUGGCAAGGCUUUUGUUUUUGGAAGAAAAUCCAGAGUGGUGGAUCUGAACCUUCUAAAAGAGGAGGUAAGAUUAUACAGCUGCACACCUCGUAACUUCUCAGUGUCCAUAAGGGAAGAACUAAAGAGAACCGAUGCCAUUUUCUGGCCAGGUUGUCUCCUGGUUAAACGCUGUGGUGGGAACUGUGCCUGUUGUCUUCACAGUUGCAAUGAAUGUCAAUGUGUCCCAAGCAAAGUUACUAAAAAAUAUCACGAGGUCCUUCAGCUGAGACCAAAGACUGGUGUCAGGGGAUUGCAUAAAUCUCUCACCGACGUGGCCCUGGAGCACCACGAGGAGUGUGACUGCGUGUGCAGAGGGAGCACGGGAGGAUAACCCUUCACCACAGGCAGCCCAUUCCCAGGGCGUUCAGUUCAGUGGCUGAUGCUGCUCUAGAACUGACACAUGAUCUCCAUCCAUAACCUCAGUUGUCUGCUUCGGGAACCUUUCAUCUUCAGGAUAUACAGUGCAUUCUACAAGAGGAGACACCAAACGGGAUUAGGUGUUGUGCAGCAGCUCUUUUGAGAGGCAGCCCACAGGACAGGAAAAAGGUCAUCGGUCAUGGAGAAAAAAAUUAAAUAUUGUAGAUCGCCAGCUAGUUACAGAUUCACUGUGUAACUAGCCAACUAGCUAUGUUCUGUAUUUCAGCUGUCUUGGUAUGACUUAGGUAAAUGUCAGCACAGGAAAAACUGUGCGUGCAAAUGAGGACCUGAUUCUUUUGCCUUGCUUAACUCUAAAUUAGAGCUCCAUGUUCUGGGCCUAAAAUCACAGAAAUCUGGAAUUUUUUCCUUAUAUUCACAUAUAUAAACCAGAAUGUUAUAUGUUCUACAAACUCUGUUUUUAAAAAAGAACUAUGUAGCUAUGAAUUAAAUUUAACUUGUGUCAAGCUGAUAGGAAAGACUGGAUUUUUCCAUAUUUCUUAUUAAAAUUUCUACCAUUUAGAAGAAGAAAACUACAUUCAUGGUUUGGAAGAGACAAACCUGAAAAGAAGAGUGGCCUUAUCUUGACUUUAUCUAUAAGUUGGUUUAUUUGUUUUAUUGUGUACAUUUUUAUAUUCUCCUUUUGACAUUAUAACUGUUUGCUUUUCUAAUCUUGUUAAAUAUAUCUAUUUUUACCAAAGGUAUUUAAUAUGCUUUUUUAUUACAACCUAGAUCAACUAUUUUUAGCUUGGUAAAUUUUUCUAAACAGAAUUGUUAUAGCCAGAGGAACAAAGAUGAUAUGAAAUAUUGUUCCUCUGAUAAAAGUACAUGUAUUUCAUCCUUGUAUGGUGCUAGAGCUUAAAUUAAUCUGCAUUUUAAAAUACUGAAGUAGGAAAUCAAUAGAAUUGGUAAGUUCCAAAGACUUGAAAAUAAAUAAAUCAUAUCUUUGACCCCCAAUUAUUGGAGAUGCAAACAAAAAGCAAUAUUUGAAAGUAGACAUUCAGAUCCAGGAGUUACUAACCUCUCACACUCCCUUUGGGAAAUAUGAGCCUAGCUCACAAGAACAUAAAGCACCUUCAAAAAAAAAAAAGAGACUUGACAACUUCCUGACAAAGCG